AUGUACCAGAGCCUGGCAUUGGCCCCGAGCCCCGGCCAGGCCACCUACGCAGACUCGGGCGCCUUUCUGCGCGCACCGGGCGCCGGCUCCCCGGUGUUCGUGCCGCCGGCGCGCGUCCCCUCUAUGCUGCCCUACCUGCCGGCGUGUGAGCCGGGCCCGCAGCCCUCCGCGCUCGCCGCGCACCCCGGAUGGGUGCCGGCGGCCUCGGCGGACUCAUCGGCCUUCGUCUCCGGCAGCCCGCACCCGCCAGCCUCUCAGCCGGCGGGAGCCACCUCCUUCUCCUUCGCGCACAGCCCCCCAGGGCCGGGCGGCGGCGGCGGCGGCGCGGGAGGCAGGGAUGGCGGCGCCUUCCACGGCGCACUGCUGGCUCGCGACCCGUACCCGGCCCCGCUCGGGCGGCCUGUGGGCGCCUCGUACCCCGCCGCGUACCCGGCCUACGUGAGCACCGAGGUGGCCCCGUCCUGGGCCUCCGGACCCUUCGAGGGCAGCGUUCUGCACAGCCUCCAGGGCCGCCCGGCGGGCCUUCCUGGCCGCAGAGCCACCUUGGUGUCCGACUUCGUGGAGGAGUUCCCUGGCGAAGGUCGCGAGUGUGUCAACUGCGGGGCCCUGUCCACACCGCUGUGGCGCCGGGAUGGCACCGGGCACUACCUGUGCAACGCCUGCGGCCUCUACCACAAGAUGAACGGAGUCAACCGGCCGCUCGUGCGGCCCCAGAAGCGCCUGUCCUCGACCCGCCGUGCCGGCCUCUGCUGCACCAACUGCCACACGACCACCACCACCCUGUGGCGGCGCAACGCAGAGGGUGAGCCCGUGUGCAAUGCCUGCGGGCUCUACACGAAGCUGCACGGGGUGCCCCGGCCCCUGGCGAUGAAGAAGGAAAGCAUCCAGACUCGGAAACGGAAGCCUAAGAAUGUUGCCAAGACCAAGGGCUCCUCAGGGUGCCCAGGGAACACCACAGCCUCCCGGCCGUCCUCCAUCCCCAUCCCUGAGAGCUCAGCGGCCACUUUGAAACCCAAGCCCAGCCUGGCGUCCCCUACUUGCUCUGGGCCCUGUGUCACCUCCCAGACCUCCAGCCAGGUGGACGACCCCCUGGCCCCCGGCCACUUGGAGUUCAAAUUCGAGCCCGAGGACUUCCCCCUCCCCGCCAUGGCCCUGGGCUCCCAGGCUGGCCUGGGAGGGGCCCUGCGCCAGGAGGCCUGGUGUGCACUGGCCUUGGCCUAG